CAACGCAACUUUGAAGCAAUUAAACAAGGCUUAAAAAUGAAUAAAACAAAUCCAUCUUCAAAUUACGAUAUUACGAUUGUUGGAGCAGGUGCUUUUGGUACAGCUGUGCUUGGUCAGCUCAGUCUUUUACAAAAGACCACAGAAUCAUUUCGUAUACUUGUCGUCGAAAGAAUGGCAAAACUUGGUUCAGGAUUACCCUACUCCGAGGAAAUGAACAUACCAGAAUAUAUUAUGAAUAUCGCAGGGGGUUGUACCCAGAUAACUGCCACCUACAUUCCCAUGUCUAAAAGAUCCGAUUUCAUUGAAUGGCUAAAGUCGCUAACUCGCGAGUACCGUGCUUCGAUUGGCGUACCGGAAAGUCAGAGCAACACGGAUUGGGUGUAUCGUCCAUUUCCCAGAAAGAUCGUCGGUUUGUACCUUCAAGAUAGAUUCAAUUCCUUCUGUGAUGCGCUGACACGUAAAGGUUUUGAAGUGGAUUUGAGGAAUCAUACAGAGGCCAUUUCAGUCCAGCCUGCUGACCAUGAUUCAAAGCUUGGCUAUGAAAUCAAAUUGGAUGAUGAAAGUAAAGUCUUUACUCACGUUCUUUUCAUCGCCACGGGGCACUGGAGUUACAAUCGCUAUCCACAUUUUUCAGCGUGGAUACCUUCAGUUUAUCCACCACGCGUGUUGCAAGAGAGAUCACAGUCGAAGACAAGCAUCGGGAUUUUGGGAUGUUCUUUAUCCGCUAUUGACGCCGCACUAGCUUUGGGGAAAGCAAAGGGUGACUUUCAACAAAUUGGAAAUGAAGAGCAGAGAAAACUGGUCUUUUUACCUCACCCGGGAGAGCACCAAUUCAAGAUGAUAAUGUAUGGUCGCAAAGCAAUUCUUCCCCAGGUAUUGGGCGUGGGCGUCAAUAAGAUUUUUUCAUAUAAGCAAUUAAUACCGGAAAAGCUAAUGCCCAUAAUUCAAGUCAACAACGGCCAACUUCCGUUAGACGAACUUUGGUCUCUUCUGAAAAAAGAAAUCUAUGAUGAAGUUCCCCAUUUGCACCCACAUUUCCCUGAAGACUGGGAAAAUAUCUUGCUUGAAGAAGCAGUGAACCAACUUGAUAUGUACCUACAAGAAACCGACUACAAGGAAAGAUUGAAUAAAGAAACAGAAGAUGCGAAAGAGAGCCUAAAAAGUGGUAUCCCUUUACCUCUGCAGAAUGUCUUCUUCCAGUCCUACGCCAUCUUUGAUGAAUUGCUGACAUAUUUCACUGCUGAAGAUAGACUACGUUUUGAAAACGUGAAAACCGAGUUGCACUUGUUACUUGCGCCCUUUCCUGUGCAAAAUGCAGAGAAGAUACUGGCUCUCAUGCAGGGUGGCUUCCUUGAAAUUCAAAAACUCGGUACUCAGUACACAAUUACUGAAACACCCGAGUCCAAGCAAAUCAAGAUUUCGUGGACCGAACGGAAUCAAUGUUUGGAAAACACCCAUGACUUGGUUAUUGACGCGCUGGGACAGUGUAGUGAUUUUGAUAAAGAUUCAUCGCCUUUGACUACAUCCCUAAAGAAGCAUAACCUUCUCAAAGAAGUUCUCGUCCCAUUUGACGAUUUGGAAAAUGCACAAAACCAUUCCGAACACCCUCGCGUCGUUAAGAGGGAUGGAGUCUAUUAUUAUCGCCCGGACGGAGCUUGUAUUGAUAAACAAAACUACUCUCUGGUGCCUUCAACCGACGCUACUUCGGCCUGUCCAGUUUACUACAUGGGACCCUUUACGCAAGGUCAAGUUGCCUUUCCACAAGAUUUGAGUGUCGUCACUACAGCGGCUGAGAGCUCAGUUUCCGACUUGGUAAAAAGAAAAAUCCUUAAAAAAGAUACGGAUGCCAUUUCUUCAGAAGAUCCUCGUCAGAUGGACGGCGACCAACUCAAUGCAAAAGGUGACUUAGACACCGAGAUGAGAUUGAUGACAGAAAAAUUAAAGCGCACAGGCUAUAUAUAAAUAGAAGAUUCUCUGCUCCAUCUUCUAACUGAUGAAUUGUAGUUUUUGCUUUAGUUUAACCGAUUUUUUAAAUUAAUUAUUUUCAAUGCACAGAAACAAGAUGAGCGGAUAAUUGGUAAAAUUUCGCGAUAAGCACUUAUUCGUUAGCUUCGUGGUUGUCCAACUCCAACCCAAUCUCUUUCCGCCAUAGUUGUAUAUACUAUCAUUUUUCACGUAUUAACCUUCUUAGCAUAACCAUCUACCAUGACACAUUCGUCAAGAUAGGCUUCAAAUGCCUGUCUUGUUGCACAUUAAAUAAAAUGUAAAAUUUUAAUAAA